GCUUUUCUAGUCACAGGGUAAGGCGUAGCCCAGCCCAGUCCACUGGGGUUCGAAGUAGCUUGUACUCAGGCCAGGGCCCCGGACGCCCGGGUUUUGUCCGGGCCAGCGUUCGGUCGCGGCGGAUUUGCGACGGGUUUGUCUGACGACGUCGUUCCGACCCUGGUUCGCGGGAACGAUUUGUGAUGCAUCAACUGCGAACAACUCUAACGAUGAAACCCGCGCAAAUGAGCUUCGCAGACUUUUCCCGACAUUUCCCUCAGUCUCCUCGCGUCCAUGCCUUCUACAAAGUGACAACCUGCUGAAACCCGUCGCAUUCGCCCGUCAUCUCGCCUUUUAUCCGUGGUAUUUUAGUCUUCUACGCUUCAACAUGUUUGCCAGCGCAGUUGUGGCGUUGUUGCCGUUAGUUGGUGCUACCGCGCUCGAUACGGUGCAGUACGGAGCUUUUCUGGAGACGGCCACGUACUCGGUGGCCAACCGGCUUGGCUUCUUCGAGGCCACUGGGCUCAAUGUCAUCUAUAAUCAGGUCCCCAAUAGCACCGCCGCCUUUUCGUCACUGCUGUCUGGCGAGUACGACAUCCUCACGGCCACCGUAGACAAUGCACUCAACUACCGCUUCAACCAGGACCAGAAUGUCACCGUGCUGGGGCAGCUGGACCAAGGACCGGAUCUUGUCAUCGCGUCGAUUCCCUCCAUAACCAACGCGUCGCAGUUGGUUGGCAAGCCCAUCAUCGUCGACUCGCCCGUCAGCGGGUAUGCCUAUCUCCUGAGGAAAGGUCUUUCCAAUCUUGGUCUGGAGCUGUAUGAUGACUACUACUUCAUGACGGUUGGAGGCACCAGUGCACGCUAUGCAGACCUGCUGAGCGGCACCACAUCCAACGGCAGUGCUGUGUACGCCACCAUCCUGAACUACCCCUUCACUGUCCAGGGUCAGUCACUGCCCGACGGCCAAGCCCCCAACAUCCUGGCUCGCGUGUCCGACCACGUUGCCCCCAUCACGUCCAGUGCCUUCACCGUCCGCGAGUCGGCUUUGAGCGACGCAGCUGAGAGCACCCUAUUGGCCCGCUUCAUGGCGUCCAUGUAUGCAGCCAACUUGUUCCUUCUCAACGCCAACAACGCAAAUUGCUCCAUUGGCGCCAUGGCAGCGCAGUUAGGCGUGACUGCCACCAUUGCUGCGCUCGAGUAUGCUUCCGUGACCAACUCGCUUUCUGGUGAGGUCUCGCCUGGUGGCAAUUUUACAGUCAACAAGGAGGGCAUUUUGAACGAUAUCGCCGUGAGAGCUAGCUUUGGCGGUUUCAGUGGUGUGUCUGAUGGAUUCGACUACGUGGCUGCACUUGAACCUGGUUCCGGGAAUUUGAUUGACUACUCAAUUAGAGAUGCGGCUGUGGCCUUGUAUGACAGCUCUACUAUUGUCGGAAACUGCUCUGUCCCGACUUACAGUAGACAGCACGUAUGAUGUGCCGUAACUCGCAACAGAAGGUUGGGCAAUCCGUAUUCAGCUGUCUUCGCCGAACCAGGCUGUGCUCUAGGCAGAAUUACACUUAUGAGGUCGCCGCCAGGCAGGGCAAUCAGGCCAAACCCGCAUUUCCCCUCCAAGCCUAGGCUACAACCAUCAAAAUUAGCAUUCUUAGUUGGGAGAUACCAUGAUUCUCCUUUAAUUUAUAUGCUUUCUCCUCAACCCCGUGGUGGUGAUUAGAAGAGCUCCAGCUAGCAUGAAUCGAGUACCGCCCCUAGAUGGGAAAGUACGGCCAAGUGCAGAGCCGAACGCCUACAAAACCCAGCAUCAAGCCAGAAGUAGCCAUCAUAGAGAAGAAGAAAAAAAACAUCUUUUUUUGGCCUUCGUAUAAAUCUCCCCUAACCAGAACGUACAUCAGGUUUCUACCUAUAAUAUCUCGCCAGUAGUUAGAACUCAACCGCAAUACUUGUC